AAUUUUGGCUGCUCCCUGUGGUUUGUCAUUUUCUUUCACCUUGACUUGGCCGAACAGGGGGCAAAAAUGGCGGGGGCGGAUGUAAGGUCGGAAGACCUAUUGGGAGAAAAAUGGGAUAAAUGUGUAGCGGAUACCAUUGUCAAAAUCGGUGGUGGCCUGGCAGUUGGUGCAGUCUUCUCAUUAAUGUUCUUCAAACGGAGAGCGUGGCCGCUGACGUUCGGUCUCGGCGCCGGCGUCGGCAUGGGGUACGCCAACUGCCAGCGCAGCUUCGACGAGCCCUACCUGAUCCGGGCAGACCGCGUCAAGGUGAUCCGGCCCAUACAGGCGGAGGAAGCGGGGCCCGACACGCUCGGUUAGUGCCCGCUGCUGCCCCGCCCGCCCCCUAGUGUACAGCGCGUCUCUGCCCCGGGGGUAACUCGGAGAGGGCCCAACGGCUCCAUGUGAUCAGCUACCCCGUGAGAAAUGUCGAAUAUAUGCCGUCUGAUCGUGAACGAAACAGAGCGAAAUGCCAAUACAUGUGUCGCGCCAGUGAGGAAA